UCUUGAUACACUCCAGAUAAAUCACCAAAAUGGCUGUUUCACAGGCUUCCAAACUCCUGUGGGUUAUAGGUGCAGCUUUUGUGAUUUUACCACGCAUCAACGAGGGAUUGUUGUCUGACUACAAAAUCUGUGGAGAUUCUGGGUGUGAAAGAAUGCUGAGUAGAGUACAGGCAACAAAGGACUACCAUGGUAAGGACUGUCGUUUCCUGAGCUUCAGAAAAGGAGAUACCAUCUUUGUUUACCACAAACUGACUGGAAAGAGAGACGACCUCUGGGCAGGCAGCAUUGACAAACAGUUUGGCCAUUUCCCGAUGGAUGCAGUGCGAGAGGAACAGGUUUAUGCAACUGCGGAGAAAGUAGUGAAAACACAGGAAUCAGAUUUCUUCUGCAUUGAUGAGAUAGGCUAUUCCAUUGACUCUGCUCAUCUGGAGAAUGAUGAUGAAGAUGAUAGUGAUCAGAAAGUCCAAAUCCAGGAGUCAGACACCACCCAAAACAGCCUGAACACUGAUGGCGCAAUCACUGAAAGUCCUUUGACACCUGCAGAUUCCUCUGCAGAACCUCCAGUUUCAGCUCAGGAAACAGAAGAAGAUACAAACCAAAAUAGUGAUGAUGCAGCAGCUGGGCCUCAUGAGGAAGCACAAGAGACUCCUGCGACUCCGAACGAACAAGUAAUGAAGCAGAUUCUGGACUUUGUUCUGCAGAUGGCUGAAGACGCCAUCAUUUAUGCUGAUGCAGUGAAGGAGCUCCUCAUAUGGCUUGCUGUGCAGGUUGUGUCAUCGCUGCCUGAUGACAUAAGACCCGGGCCAGACCUGUACGGUGUGCCAUGGGAGCCGGUCAUCAUCACCGGUCUGGUGGGGCUGGUGACGAUGCUGCUGUUCACCUGUAGAUGUUAUAGCUCUAUCAAAAGCAGAAUGUAUCGAAGGAAAGAGCGGUGGAUGGCUGAACAGGUUGUGCAGCUGCUGGAUGAGAAAUGUAAAGUCCUUGAGACUCUCAGUCAGUGUCAGCAAGAGUAUGAUGACCUGGAGAGUUCACUGAGGGACAGUGGUGUCUUGGCCCAGUCUCAAAAGACAGAACAACUGGAGGCUAAAGCACAACAGCUGGAACAUACUAAAAAGCAGCUGGACGCUGAUCUGGAAGAACUAAAGGAUCAACUGGACCAGCAGAGACAACACAGUACAGAGCAAGAAAAGAGGAUAGCAGUGCUUGAGGAGAACAUGAAAACAUUUGAAGAGGAAACCAAAGACCUCCAGUCACAGGAAGAGCAGGCACAAACCACUCUUAAAGUGUACAGUAUGAACAGCGAGAGACUACAGAGGAACCUGGAAACAGCAGGAGAAGAGAACACAGUGCUGCAGGAGAGCAACGCUCAGUUAAGGCAAGAGCUGGAGGGGUGGACAGAACGAGUGAGUGAGUUGGAGGCAGAGAUGAAGAGAUGUGAGGUGGCCCACAGUGGGAUGCUGCAGGAUGUAGCCAACAAGGACGAACGCAUAACGUCUUUGACGGAUCGUCUUCUGAGGAUGAAAGGUUGGGAUUCAGAUCUGGAGGAAGAACAAAAUGAGGAAGCAGGAGAGAAGCAGGCAACCAAUGGGAAAGCAGGAAAAGCGGAGAAGAAUGGAAAACUGGACAAAUCAGACAAACAGGGCCAUCUCCAGAAAGUCCAGAAGCUCAUUUAUGCUGCUAAGCUGAAUGCGGACCUCAAAUCAGUAGAUGAAGAUAAAGACAGAGUAUUUGCUAAACUGAAUGAUGAAGUCAAAGCUAAAGAAGACUUGCAAGAGGGCAUUAAGGAGCUGGAGAAUGAGAAGUUAUCUCUGCAGUCUGACACUGAGCACUACUCUGAUCAGGUCCAACGAUUACAACAGAAACUCCAGAUUAUGACAGAAAUGUAUCAGGAGAAUGAGCUUAAGCUGCACAGACUGCUGACAGUGGAAGAGAAGGAGCGUCUGCAGAAAGAGGAGAAGUUAAAUAAAGCAGACAAAAAUAUUGCAAUGGCUAUGGAAGAACUAAACAACUACAGGCAACGAGCUGAAGAGAUGGAAGAAGAGCUGGAGAAAACCAAACAGUCUUAUCAGACUCAGAUUUCAGCACAUGAGAAGAAGGCUCACAAUAACUGGCUGGCAGCCCGAGCAGCAGACAGAGAGCUGGCAGACAUCAGAAGAGAGAACGGCCUUCUCAGACAGAAACUGACGGAUACGCAGUUCAAACUCGACGCCCUUGACAAAGAUCCGUUUGCCUUGAACAGCUUAGCUAGACCACUGCCUUUCCGAGCUGAAAGGUCACCGUACGGUCCUUCUCCUCUGGGUCGACCUGCAUCUGAAACCAGACCUUUCCUCUCUCCUCCUACAUUGAUGGACGGACCACCUGCUCGGCUGUCUCCUAGAGUGUCUCUUGGUCCAGGGGAGCCCCCAGGUGGCCAAGUGGAGAUGGAGCGUGCUGCAGGUCCUCAUUCAGACAGCGGCUCGAUUUCUCCUACAUGGGAGAGAGAUCGCAGGGGACCCCCACCAGGUCCCCCAGGGCCUCUAGGACCACCAGGCUACAUGUUUCCAGAACCAGGAGGCCCCAUGUACAGGAGACCUCCACCUCCUCCAGGUGCUCUGGGCAUUAUGCCUCCUCCUGGUUCUCUCCCCCCUGGCCCUCUCCAUCCUCGGGGUCUCCCCCCAGGAGCCCGUCAGCCUCUGGACAUGGCAGAUGGCUCAUACAGAGAAAACAGCCUUGGACCUGCUGAACUAGAGCAUAGAGAGUCUGGUCCUGGUGAUCGGAGGAGUCCCCCUGAAGCAGGUCCGAGGAUAGGAGGUCCACCCCCUCCUGGACCCCCACUGGGUCCUAUGGAUGGUCCUUUUCCUCGAAGAGUCCCUUAUGGACCCCCACCCCCACCUGUUUUCUACCCCCCUAGGGGACCGGGGGGGCCUCCUAUGAUGCCCAUGUGGGCGCCUCCUCCUCCAGGAAUGAUGUUACCUCCUCAUUUCCCACCCGGCGGACCUCCACCUCCUCCUGCUCCUCACCCUCACAUGCAUUCCUACGGCCCCCCCAUGCGACCCCCUCCUCCAGACGGUCUCCCACCUUCUUCCAUGGGCCCUCCCCUUCCUCGGCAGUCCCUCCCCUCCCCACCACACAGCCAGUCACCUGAGGAGAACACACCUUCGCCUGAAAACGCCAUUUGAGCCUCACAAAGUUUCUGCUUCAGUGGUGAAAUGAUGUAUUUUUGGUUAAAAUUUAACCCGACACUAGAUGGAUGCUAGGGCAGGUUGUUGCUUUCCCUUAUUUUCCGUAACAUCUAUUUAUUCACCAACAGGAUAUAGUCCAUGAAUAGUGUUAGCGGAAGGGAAAAAAUCAGCAUUCAUCAGAAUGUUUUUUUUUUUUUUGCUGUAAGUCUGCUUCAGCUUUUUCUCCUCCAGUUUCAUCCUUUCUGCUCUCUUUCUCCUGCCUUCUUUCUGCUUGUUAUUUCCCCUCUCUGCCAUCCACAUCCAGCUACAUCCCCUGUGAAAUCAUGGCGACAACAAUUAGGCUCCAGUGCUGCUGUUCUUUUCACAUGCAGCCUGAAAUGUGUGUCUGGAAACGUAGCCACAUAAACCAAACACAGUUGUUAGAUCGUCAAUUCCAGAAAGGUUUUUAUUGGGACUUAGUUUGAAUAAUAUCCAAACGUUCAUAAUGGAGCUGCAUCAAUCAACAUUUCACACCCAGUGACAGAGAAAUUUAAAUGAUCGCAGACCACAAAAAUACGUCUUUCAAGCUUGAAGCAGUACAUGUUGUUGUACCAAGACUCAUGUCAUUGUCACAAAAAAUGAAAAAAUGUAGCCAUUUAGCAGCUAUUGUUAUUGACCUGGAUUUGACUGUACCCCAAUCCGAUCACUUUACAUUUUCUUUUGUCCAUGACUGAACUGAACUUUAAAUAAUCCUCAGACGUCCAAGAGACUGUUUUCCUAAAAUAUAAAUGCACAGCUGAAUUUCACUGACUUCCCUGUGGGAUUUGGAUGGCUUUGCCUUCAUCAACAAAGCUAUGAUUGAAAAAAAAAACAGCACGCAAACAGUGCUUUUGAUUGUGUUACAGUGACUUACAAAUGACCGAGGCUUGAAAAAGUGGCUUUUAAUAGCUGCUUGUGUUUCACUGAAGAAAGCUGUGACUCAUUCCGACAGUCACAGAGUGGUGAAUUAAGCAGCCUGACUGGAAAUGAGGCUGCUUUCAGAGCCGCAGAGAUGACACCCAUGUGAAUUUUGUAAAAAAGAAAAAAAGAUUAUCGACAAAUGAAUAAAGAUUCUAAAAUUGUCAA